CUCGACAAGUCCAGGUCGCCGAUGGAUGUUUGCAUGCUCGGUGAAGAUAAGAUGGUGUUUGUUAACGGUAGGGAUGCGGCUAUCGUAGGCCCAUGGGUUUGCUAGUCGCUCCACGCGGUGUCAUACAGUAGCUCUCUCCCACCUUCUCACGUUUAUCGCCGCUCUUCCUCUCUUCUACAACAACUUCCAAGGUUGCGUCCAGACCCGUGACACUACUUUCAAAAACGCUUAAUACCUCUGUGACUAUCCCAUCAUGUCGGCCGCAGUCUGCCCAGUUGUCGGAACCACCACCAACGUACUUCCGCCAAACCACCCCUCUAUCGCCGAUGAUUCUGGCGAAGCACGAUGCCCAGUGACCAACGCCAAAGUCGAACAUCAUGGAAACAUCGUGAACCACCCGGGCACCAGCAUUCCGGACGCUGCUGACGCGCAGGACGCUUCGGCGUGCCCCGCUCUCAAGAACGCCAACAACAAGAACUCCAUCACCGAUGCUACCUGCCCAGUCGUCGGUCCCGUGAACGCUCACCUUCCUCCCUCUCACCCAGCUCUGACUGAGCAAGAUUCGGGUGCGGUCUGCCCUGUUACAAAUGCGACGCUUGAGCACCAUGCUGGCAAGAUCGCAGAGCACAAGACAGUCGCGAAGGAUGCUUCAAGCCAGAAGUGCCCCGUUGCUGGCGCGACUUCGUCGUAGAUGGUUCUUCGUGGAAGAUUGACAAGAUGUGGCCGGCUCUGGCCUGGCGAAUGAAUCUCGAGGUGAUGGCGCAGCGCCAGCAUUCUGGUUGUAUGUGCUCGCAAUUCUGAACAGAAAACAAGCUUCCGAGCAAAGAAGUACUGGUUCAUUGCAGGCUAUCGAGUGAUCUGUAUACCCGCGCUUCGUCGCAAUUGAUCCUCGAGGCAGAAUACAAUUCAUUCAGCAAAACCUACCUAGUCCACAAACGUUUUCUUUAGUGACAUGCUUUACUCUCAUUAAAC